GAAAAGACUUGAGACGAUAUACACUACACUCUCGCUCAGCAAAUCCAUCCUCUGCCCUUCAAGUUUGAAUGAGUGCCGGUCCCAGUGUCUCUGUGCCCCGGUGCCCCCACAGACACACCCAACAUCUAUUCUACCAGGCCAGGCCGAGAGUCAGGACACGCCGCAACACCAAACGAUCUCCCUUGCACAUACUAAACCAUUACUCAGCAUCUGAAGAGCCUGGCUGGAUAUCAUCUUGCUCAAAUCCAGCUUUCAGCCUAUGCUAUCACGAAACUGAACCGACCGAAUGGGUCGUAACGCCCGAAAGCGCAUCUCCUAUGUGCUGCCUCUCGCAAACUCUGCUGGAGGUCACCGACUCGGAGUCAAUGGCCUCGCUGUUGAUUCCGCCAAUUCGAUUCUCUACUCCGGAGGUCGAGAUGGCGUCAUAUGCGCCUGGGACCUCAACCUCAACUUGAGCUUGACAGAUAGUCCUGAAAAGCCUCCCGCGACCUCUUUUCGUCAGCAAGUCCAAGCCCAUACCCAUUGGAUCAACGACAUCGUUCUCGCCCAGAACAACGAUGCCUUGAUCUCAGCCUCGUCCGACAUCACCGUCAAGCUCUGGCGCCCGAACUCCCAAGACAACCUCUCCCCACAAACAAUUGGCCUUCAUAGCGACUAUGUCAAGUGUCUUGCAUCGCCAGGACCACAAUCAGGUUGGGUGGCGUCUGGUGGCUUGGACAGGAAGAUAUGUCUGUGGGACCUGAAUGGAACAGGCCAACAGUCGCAGAUAUCAGUUGGAGAAGACUCGAACAAAGAAAAGGGCUCGGUGUAUGCGCUCGCUGCAUCCGAGACUCUGCUCGCUAGUGGUGGUCCAGAAAGUGUUGUGCGGGUAUGGGACCCAAGAUCAGGGAAGCGCGUCACCAACUUCGUCGGACAUACAGACAAUGUUCGGGAUAUUCUGAUCAAUCACAAUGGCGAUAUGCUAUUGACAGCUUCAUCCGACCAGACUGUCAAGGUCUGGUCGAUGACUGCAGGAAGAUGCAUGUACACGUUGACGAUGCACCAUGAUAGUGUCUGGUCCCUCUACUCCAACCAUCCUCAACUCUCGGUCUUCUACUCGAGUGAUCGCUCAGGUCUGGUCGCCAAAACAGAUGUCCGUAAUUGUACAGAAAUGGAUCAAGGGCUCUCUGUUGCUGUAUGUCAGGAGCAUAAUGGUGUUAACAAGGUCAUCAGUGCAGGCGAUUACCUCUGGACGGCGACUUCAAGCUCGAGCAUCAACCGGUACAAAGACGUAAACACUGAGGCCGAGAUUGCGCUACCGGACAACUAUAGGUUCCAUCGUAUGAGUGUAGGUACCACGAGGUCGCGGUAUCCUUCUCCGCCAACCACAAAUGUUGAAACAUCGGAAGCCGAGAAACUCCCAAUUCACUCAAUGCUGCGCAUAUCCAAUACAGCCCCCUUUCCGGUGUUCCAGGGCCCACUCAAGGAUUCGGACUCACUCUCUCAGUCCCAACCUAUGAUACGGAGAACAUCUGAUAUGAUAGCAGAGCCUGAAGUCAUAAGCAUUGUUCCUAUUCGAAAUCUUCCGGAUGAUUCUAUCGAAGGACAAAACGGUCUUAUCAAGCAUGUCUUGCUGAACGAUCGAAGACGAGUGCUCACGUUAGAUACUGCUGGCGAGGUGAUGCUCUGGGACCUUUUACAUUGUGUUCCGGUCAAAUCAUUCGGCAAACGCCAUCUAGAAGACGUAUUACCGGAGGUCAACACCACUGAGUCCGUGGCGCAUUGGUGCGCAGUCGACACUCGGACAGGAAGCCUGACAUGUGCACUAGAAGAAAAUUACUGUUUUGAUGCGGAAAUGUACGCAGAUGAAGUGCCUAUGGAAGAGGAUAUUGAAUUCCGGGAAGACCAGAGGAUUAAUCUUGGCAAAUGGGUCCUCCGAUAUCUUUUCUCUAACCUCAUUGACGAGGAGAUCAAGAGAGAUGAAGUCAUACGACAGUCGGUUGUCCGCGCUGGUCAGCCAUCAAUCCAGCGACCCAAUGCGCCACCAAGUAUUGCGCUACCCAAUGCUGGGUUGACGAGUUGGAAUCACGGAGGUCUUGGGCCAGGCUCAGGAUCUACACUGCGAGCGAAUGGGAAAUUACUAGUCACGACCCCUGGCCUCCACAUUGGCAUUGCCACACCUGGUCUGCAUCCAGUUGUGACGUCCAAUAGCCUUGCUGCACUGAAUGGGCAAUCUGGCGGCGCACUAUCACCGACCUUGGAAGAGAGCGCUCCACUUGAGAAAAGCAUCACCGGUCAAAGCCAGCCGCGGACUUCAGCCGAUAAAGGCGGCGCAGACUAUUUCUCUGUGGCGAACACAUCAAAAACUCCUACGACACCCGGGGGUGCAGCGCAUGAAAGGGUCUCGGAGAGCCACGACGAGACGCAGACUCCAAUCUCACCAUCUGACGAGAAAGGCCCCGGCAAAGAGGGUUUUUUUGGGGGCAAGAAAUUUCGCAUGGCUUUCGGUAUGAAAAAGCUUGGGAAGGAGAGGACGAACGAAGUAGACAAGCCAGUAGUGGUCGAAGAGAAAAAGGAAGACUCUGAUUCUCAAUCGACUAAGACGGAUGAUCGUAUUGUAGAGGACAGUUUCUAUGGUGUGCUGCAGAGAAUCAAGCAUGGAUAUGAGGAUCAGUUACAGAAUCCGGAGCAUCCCGAGAACUUAACGACUGGUAUCACACCGAGUCUGCCAAAUGAUACACCGGUAUUGAAGCCGCCGCUCAACACAACAAUCUUGAUACAAGAGGAUCGGCCUGACUCGGGCGGUGUUGCUGAUCUUUUCGAAGGCCAAGUCGGCACUUUGGCACAGCAGGCAGAUUUGAUUGAGAAAGUUGCGCCGAUGUGGCUAGGGGAAGUCUUACUCCGAAACACCAUACCCUUCAAAGACAUUGUUAAGGUAUCCUUCGUCCUCGAGCCAUAUCAAAACCUCCUCCCGGUCGUCGCCACUGAUGGCAAUAACCGUCUAAAUGCAAAUCGUAUGCUCCGCGCGCGCAAGAUCCUUGCGUAUGUCGCUGAGCGCAUCGAACCUGCAGAAGAAAACCCCCCUGAGGAUGCACUCAAGCCCGAGGAUUAUCUCGAGCUGUACUGUAAUGAUAAGCUCGUUCCGAUGACGAUGACGCUUGCCACUAUGCGGACCCAUGUGUGGCGCGGUGGAGGUGAUGUCUUGUUGUACUAUAAGGCGAAUGGAAGGAAGGAGAUUCAGCAUGCACCGACUGCGAGGACUCUCGAGAUGACAGAGGGGGAUGCGGCGAGUGCAAUGACGCUGAGCGAGGCGGGGAGUCGGAGUAGUGAAAAGUAGUACGUCAAGACCGUACAGAUAUUGGAUACUAUGAGUAUGCAGUGUCUAU